CUCCCUCCCCACAUCCGUCGGCAGGAUAUCGAGGCCUUCCUGUCGCGCAUCUGCGAAGUCGAUCGGGUUUUUGUCCUCCCCAAAACGGGCCAGGGAUGGGUAUGUGUUAAGCACAGGCAUAAUUUCCAGAGGGCAUACGAAUGGCUGCACGAAGCCAAAUUUGGGCGACAUACAAUUCUCGUCUCCGAGCAUAACAAGGACGGUCCUAUCUUCAUCAGGGUGCCUCUGGAAGCCGACGAAACUGACCGAGGGAGGACCAAUGCGUCAAAGUUUACCAUUAGCACCCUCUUUGAAGCUAUGGAGCAGCUAGGCAACAACAAGCUGUAG